ACCGAGCCCCGCGCGCAUGCGCCACGACCCCGUCCGCCGCCACCACCUCCUCUGCCUCACGUCUUCGCCCUCUUUUCUCUAUGUAGGCUUAAUAGCCCCUACAAGGGGAGAGCGUUCCGAAGCAGCCUCUACCUACGGCCAUGUGACCAGGAGGGGGCGCCUUCCCUGCUUGAGUCCUCUCCUUCCGGAUCAGUUAAGAAGCCCCGCCCCUAGCGCUGUUUGAUUGGCGUGUUCGUACUGUCGCUCAGGGAACCUGCGUGGAGGAGGAGGAAGCAAAACAACAUGGCGGCGCCCUUGCAGGUUGCGCGGAGGUUUUUGCGGUUAUCUGGAAACCCGAUCCGAGAACCAUCUCGUUCUGCGUUCAGGGCACAGCCUGAUGAUAUAAACAGACCGAACUGGGUUAAAGUUGGCCUGAGUUUUGGUGCCUCAAUAGCAAUAUGGGUGCUGCUCCUAAAGCAGCAUAAUGAACAUCAAGCAGAAUAUGAAAGGCGAAAAGCAGAGAGAGGUUCAUAAUGGAGGUGCUAAAAUUAUGGUUGAAGAUGGUCUCCAUAGAAACUGUUACAGCCAAUACGUAGUCUACAAGGAUAUUUUUGUGUUAGUAGAUAACCCAUUGGUUGUUGGAUUAACUCCAAACUAAUUCUAAUUUUCCUGAAAUAAAGCAAAGAAAGCAUGGAAGGUGGUUGAAAUUUCUAUGCUUCACAUGGUUGCUUCUAAAGGCUAUAAAUAAAAUAUAUUCCAUCA